GCGGCUUGGCUCUCGUUUCCACGUCGCGGCAGCGCGGAGGCAGAGCGCGCGCGCAUUCGGGAGGGAGUCUGGUCGCGUGAGCCAUUGGGGUUCCCGCAUAACGGGAACAGACAACAAAACACGCAGGCGGACGGACCGGGAAAUAGGCAAGUGAUCUUCAAAAAAAACAAAAAAAACAACCAACCCCAGAAACACAAAUCCAGCGACGAAACAAGUUUUUUUAAACAUUUCCAAGUGUUCGUGAUUUAUUUAUUUAUUUAUUCGCUUUAUUUAUUUAUUUUUUUAUCGAUUGAUUGCGUUUUAAUUAGCGGAGUGUGACAGAGCGGCGGUGGGAGGGGCGAAGCGCCGGCGUGCACAUUAUGUUGCCUUAUUAUUGACGUUUAUAUAUAAAUAGAUUAGACUUAACACAAAAAAAUACCACUGAAUGUGGCGAAUUUCGACUAGAUCAGGCUGUGCGACUUUGAAUGUGGAAGCGAUUGUGUAGCAUGUAGCUGUUGGAGAAAAAGCAGAUCCAUAGCUAAAGACCAAAUAAAUAAACCAAAAGAAUAAAUGCACCAAAUAGCAGAAUAAACCCAAUAAGCACUGUUUUUAUUUGGCUAGUGUCAGGACGUGAGCGCUUUUCUCUUCACAGAAAUAAAUGCUGAGAUCUCCGUUUAUUCUGUUUUACAGCCAAAGUAAAGGCACGAGUGAAGGAGGGAAAGAAGCGAACCUGCGCGUAAUAUUCAGUCUCAGCUAAGGCAUUAAAAAUAGCCCGAUUAGGAAAAAUAGCCUGAUUAGCCUUAAAAGAAAUUAGUUUUGCAGUGAGAUUUGCAAGGCUUUAGGCUAGAAACCGCAGCUGGGCUUGAGCAGGUGUAGCACUGUAGCACACCAGUACAUGUUACAGCAUCAGUGAAGAUCAGUGUGAGUGGAUAGCCUAUAGUCUGUCCGCCUGUGUGUGGGUUUGUGUCUGAGCAGCUUCUCCUAUUAUCUAUAGGCUUAUUACCCAGGUCCAAAGUGAAUGUACACAGAAUAAACAUGAAAACGUGAUCGGUCAGCAUGCUACUGAGCGCCACGCCGAGUUACUACCACUGAUCAAACUUGGUGUACAAUGCCAAAGAGAUCCCGAACACAGCCAAAGCCGAACACGACCGAGCACGAGGUGAAGACCUGCACAUCCGCUCUCAGCUACGAAGAAGAGACCGGCGACUAGAAACAGACUGUGCUGUAAUAACGCCAAAGUAAAAAAAAUAAUAAUAACAAUAAUAAUAAUACCAGCACCUAAGGGAAGAAAAAAAAGUCCAGAACAAAAGGCUGAAGACGAAGGAGGAUCAUGUUUGUCCCCUUGCCGCUGCCGUUCGUCUUGCCGAGAACUGCCUCCGAGCUCCGUGCCUGGCGCCUCAAGUCUCCGCCGGCUGCGCGCGCGCUCUCCGAUAUCAGAAUGUCAAAGCCAAUAGAGGUCGAAGACUCUCCGAUGGAGAAUACAGGAGAUUCAGAGAGAAAUGGUUCAGACUCCAAUAAUCAGAUUCCGCCAAUGAAAAUCAGCCCCUUCUCACUCUCUCCAACACUAAGUGCCAACAACAAGGCCAAGGUGGAGGAGUGUGGAGAGAUGUCUCCAGCUUCAGUUCAGGCCACGCCCACUCAAACACCCCUCUCACACACACAGCUGAUGCUGACAGGAAGCCAGCUGGCAGGACUGACUGCUCUCUUGCCCGCUCAGCAGCAGUUGCUCCUCCAGCAAGCGCAGCUUCUGGCCGCAGCCGUGCAGCAGUCACAGGCAGCUCACGCAGCCAAUCAGCAGCAAACGCAGCAGCAGCAGCAGGCCAAUCAGCAGGCGGCUCUGCCCCAGCUGCAGGGCCAAUCAAAGAGUGCUCAGGAGCAAAGUGCUGCUCCUGUCCUGCCCCCUCCUCACCAGCUUACCCUAUCUCAACCAAUCCAGCUCACUGCCCAGGACAUCCAGCAAUUGUUGCAGCUGCAGCAGUUGGUCCUCGUCCCGGGGCAUCCUUUGCCCUCGCCUGCACAGUUCCUUCUGCCACAGGCACAGCAAGGGCAGCAAGGGCUGCUACCGACACCAAAUUUGAUUCCACUACCUCAGCAAAACCAGGGGGGUCUCCUCACUGCUCCUCCUACGCUCGGUCUUCAAGCACAGAGAGAAAAGGUCAUGGAGAGCAGUGUCAGUACGGUGACCCCUGUGACCUCUCAUGCCGAGGAGCCAAGUGACCUGGAAGAGCUCGAACAGUUUGCCCGCACCUUUAAACAGAGAAGAAUCAAACUUGGAUUCACACAGGGUGAUGUGGGACUGGCUAUGGGCAAGCUGUAUGGGAAUGACUUCAGUCAGACCACCAUCUCCCGCUUUGAGGCCCUCAAUCUCAGCUUUAAGAACAUGUGCAAACUCAAACCUCUCCUGGAGAAAUGGCUCACCGAUGCAGAGACCAUGUCGAUGGACAGUACCUUGCCAAGUCCCAGCUCUCUGUCCUCACCGUCUCUGGGCUUUGAGGGCCUGCCUGCCCGUCGCCGCAAGAAACGCACCAGCAUCGAGACCAAUGUGCGCGUGGCUUUAGAGCGCAGCUUCAGCACGAACCAGAAGCCUACCUCAGAGGAGAUUCUACUCAUCGCUGAGCAGCUCAAUAUGGAGAAGGAGGUGAUCCGCGUCUGGUUCUGCAACCGUCGACAGAAAGAGAAACGUAUUAACCCCUCCAGUGCCACCCCUCCCCUGCCCAGCCAACCCCAGCCUGCCACACACAAACCCCCCUGCUACAGCCCGCACAUGAUGCAAGGUCAGGGACCAUCCCAACCUGUUACCAGUCUCAGCACAGCAGCAACCACCAUGCCCUCGGUUUGUCCUUUGACCCCCACUGGUCCCUCCUCAAGCUCCACCCCUUCACCUGUGACUCCAUCUCCUCGCAGUGACGCCAGCCCUGUUCCUGCCACUCACGCAUUAAAUCUGAACACAGGUUCGUGGCGUAACAAGAACGGUGACGUGUCUAACUACAUCACCGAUUUUGCUGCAAAUCUGAGGAAUACGGUGAUUGGAGUUAACACAGGAAUGAACCAAGUCCUGCGUGGCAGCAACCCAAUCGCCACAAUUCAAGCUCUGGCAGCCAGUGGUGGUCAAACCACCAUUUCCAGUCUUGAAGGUGGCAGCAAGGUGCUGAUUGGUGGUUCUGGAGGACAAAGGUCAGGACUCCCUUCUUCUCUCUUCCUUAACCACCCUUCACUGUUGCCCAUGGCAGCGGGCACAGCUCUGGGAUUGGGCAACUCGAUCGUUUCCAAAUCCGGCAGGCCUUUAUUCCCGGAUGGCAUGAGUCCCUCCCCCUGCUCGAGCCCUGACUCUUCCUGCUCUUCCAGCGACUUGCUACACAGCCCACAUGAUCUGGGGAGCGGCCAAGAUUGAGUGACACUUCCAGGAAACCAAUCACAGGACCAGGAGGAGGAACUGAAACCUCCCAUCACAACCAAAGCAUCUCUGUCUCUCUUUCUUCCUUCGUCUUUUGUCUUUCAUUGUUUCUCUCUUGCUC